AUGCUUCGCUCCACCAUCUGUGCGGACUGCGACGCGCACGCCGCUCUCCAUCAGCCGCUCGAGAUGGAGUACAGUUACGAGGAAGAGGAGGGCAGCGACGUGGACAGAGAGAGAGACAGGGAGUUGAGGCCGAUCGCGCGCCGCACCGCCAAGCACAUCGCCGCCGGAGAGGAGCGCCCGCGGACCAAUUCCAGCCAACAGACCACGCCCACUGAGGAAUGUCCGCCAGAUUUAUGCCUGGUUGAGGCACAAACAGAGCUGUCGACUGCGCCUCAAACCAGUGAAGAAAGCGACACAGCAGAGACUGAUGGACGGAUGUCGUCGGAAAGUUCCCCGCUGCGACAGAGGCGUGGUGGGAUCCUAAAAGGGGGCAGGCUAUGGAAGUCCCUGGACACGGAAAAAGACAACGAGCAGCAAAACGAGGACCAAAGGUCGACGACAACAGCGAGCGACGAGGACGGCUCGGUGACGCCCCGCUCCGUACGCUUCGUCGACAGAACCAGAGAACCGUCCGAUGAGGAAGCGCAGAAACUAGCCACUGAAUCCGCAGCCGCUUCCGACUCAGAAAACAUCUCGCAAAAGGACUUUGCUACAAAUACUUCCCACAGAUUUGAGACACCAUUGAUCCUGACAAUAAACACACCUAAGGCAAACUCAGCAGUGCAGCAGUUGUUCAACAGCGGUAGACCGCCACCCCCAGCCAUAGAACCUCAACUAAUCACAUCGGAAACCCUGAGGGCGUGGGACGCUGGUGUUAGGCCUAAGUCCGAGGACGCGGCUGUCCGAAGAGUAGCAGAAAGAAACGCUCUGCGAUGCUCACUCCUUAGGAGCGAAGCCCGCAAGAAACAGCAACCUAAGCAGGAAACGACGUCACUAGCCGAACGCAUUCGACUGUUGACGUGCGAUGUAGAAGAUGAGCAGGAGGAGAGGACGUCGCCAGCGGGAGUCAGCGCCGACAAGCUGUCCAGCAGUAGCGACAAAUCCUUCAACAGUAUCGACAAGAACAGCGAUAAGGCAUUCGGGAGUGCUUCGUCUAGCUCUUCCUCGUCCACGUUGUCGGCGGUAGUGCCACAUAGACAGCCGCCUGACUUGGGCGAUGUGCACCAGGAACCUCAAAAGCCAAGGUCAGAGCCGCGCCGUCAGUUCCUAUCGACAUUAGCGCCGCUGACAGCCUGCGUGGGCAGCGCGGCGCACCACGAAGGGUUCUAUUAUGUCCCUCCUGGUGACAGAACCUCCGCUUCUUCUGCCACAAAUCUUGACCUCCAGGAGCAUAAUGACGCUCCAGCGCCUGAUGUUGUCGCUGGCACGCCAGGAGCUGGAGAAAGUGACGAUGGACUAGCAGCGUUCGCAAGGGCAGCGGCCCCGAGGACAGAGCGACUCAGACAACGAUACGGCCAAGAGUCGCAGCCGGCGAGUAGUGACGACGAACACGACGACUAUGGUUUCCACCGUCGUCCCGCCGUCCGCGGGAUAGCGGUAAAGCAGCAGCUAGGAGCGUCCGGCGAGAUCCUACAACAGAUGCAAAGCGAACUUCAACCUUCGCCGGCUGCUACUCCCGCGCAGAUGCCCGCACAUGCGUGCCAGCGCACCAACUCCACGUACUCGUGGCCGUAUUACUCUGAAGCUAACCUCAACUCACGGCCGCAGAGCAGAGCGAGCGCAAACUCUAAUUGGUCUAAAUCAGCAGAUUACGUGACAGCCCGCCAGAUUAGAACGACGCCGGUACCGCAGCACAGCGAGUCGUGCUACACGCACGCGCAGUCCGCGAGUCAGUAUGCGCACUAUUCGUACGCCUCGCUGCGGGGGCAGCAGCAGGACGUGUACCGGAACUGUUCGCUGUACGCCAACAUUGGAUGCUCAGACAGCAGUCAAGAACUAUACAGUUCGCAGACCAGUUCAGAGCAGACAUCGCCGGUGCGAUCGGCGCCGCGGUGCCGGCGGCCGGAAUCACCACCGCCUAUACGAAGCCACCACCAACUGUUAUACGUUCCGUAUAGCACCACCACACACUACCACUACCAACACGACUAUAGUACGCAUUGGACUGCUAACGACUACAGCCGUAUGCAUCAAUACUACCAACAACAGAAUCGCAGUGGCACUAGCACGCCCCAACCUACCGCUGUACAGCCGCAGAGAGCGCACUAUACGCACGCACUACAAUUACAGAAUUUGUGUCCGGCACCGGCGAGGUAUAGGCCUGUUCCGGCCCCGCAACCUGGAGGUGGCAAGCAAAUGAUUUGUUAUUCAGAAAAGGUAGCGGCACCGUUAUACCAGCCAGCGCCGGGGUCCCCGUCGCGGGCGGCGCGUGGGGCUCCUGAAGGAGCGCCCGCGGGAAGCAACGCCCCGCCCGCAACGUCGCCGAUGACGGCGCCCGCCAACCCCGUCUACUAUGCCAUGAACGUCUGACGAGGGGACUAGGUGAAAAUCAUGGUGGGCCCCACUGGCGAGGUCCGAAUCAGCGUGCAGCCGAACAAUGCGCCGACAGUCAAAGACACUAAAAAAAAGAAAGACACAAGAAAUUAAAGAAACUAAGAUAAUCACUUCAUGUGGAUUGAGAAACACUGCCGAUCAGAUACCGCUGGGAACACUACAUGGCUUUUUUAUUACUUAUUAUUAAGUAUCUUACACACUCAUGGGAGGAUUUGAAACUCCACAAUGGCCAACCGUUUUCCCGCCUAAGCGAAUUUAUACAUUUUGUCUAAUGAUAUGAUGGAAAAAUGCGCUAUAUGACAGAGUCCAAAAAAGUUUACAAGAUUUUCGCAUAAGUGAUGGGAAGUUCGUGAUAUUCAUACUCAUUACAGCGGAUAACGUUAAUUUACUCAUUCAGACAUUGAAAACAUCGAGUGUUGUAUAUUGACUUACAUUAUAACAAAGACUGUGGGUGCACGCAGAAAAUAUAAAACCAAAUGUAAGAAAUACCUAUAUAAAUAAGUAUAAGUUAUGUUAUACGCGUACGCACCCGGAACCGUUAAGAGAACUGCCAAUUUUAUUUACCGAUGACAUUUUGUAGUAAAUGGUAUGUAGACUGUACUGCCUAGUGUUAAUAAAAACAUUCACUUGUUUUAAAAGCACAAAAUGUUACACGACGAUUUAUUACGGUAUUCCUGUAUUCACCAAAGUGCUCAUGCCAAAUGAUAAAAAUACUAGUCGAAACGAAAUAGGUGAUUAUAUUUAUCAAUCGAACAAUUAGACAUUACAAUGGAGAAGACUGCGAAGAAAAUAGUGAAUAAUAAUUAAACCAAUAGUGUGAAAGUUUAUUAAGUACGGCCACGGCCACGCAUCUUAAAUGAGUACUUUCUCGUUAGAUAAACCAAAUACCUUCAUGUAUACAUUCUUUGACGUCAUAAGUCCGGGCGUCACUUUGCAGUCAAAGUUACCAUUGUUCUUUAUCGACGCGCGCGCGUUUUAGUAGUGAGCGUUGUGUUGUGGACAAUGGGUUUGCAACAGUUCAAACUGUAUAGGAAUAAAUAAAGUUUUUUCUUUCUUAAACUAAGGCGUCUUCCUCACCGUAUCGGCGCGUACUCGUUUUAUUGUCGAUUUAGUACCGAAUCUGUACAGAUUAUUUACUGAGUGCAUGUAAUCAAAUGAGAGGUCGUUACUGAACCAUUGGACUCGCCCGCCCGACGUGAAGAUACUAUAACAAAUGAACCUUAUAGCCCAAGAGCCCAUGACGGCCAGACCUUCGUUAUUUUAUAAAAGCUGAAAGUUUCUCUGUACACAUCCCCUAUACAAGUAAGAACGAUCAGCGACUAUUGAGUUUGAGUUGUGGUUACUUGGGCAGGUAACAGGUACUACAGGUGUAUAAUGCGAUUCAACUAAGAAUAGGACCGACUGGGCUACAUAUUUUGACGUCAUAGCUGUCAAUUCAAACCAAAUAGGUAGAGUGAGCAAAAAAACGUCACAUACGAACAUGCAUCCUAUAUGUAAACGAAAGUUUUAAAUCGAGUUUCUGAACGCAACAUAAAGUGACAUUUGGUUGACGAUUCAGGUAGCCAAAGCUCAAUAAAUGAAAAAAAUAUCAGCCAAUAUUAAUUAUCAAUAUUUGUUAUUGUUUGUUUAAAAAUGUUUGAUUUUAUUCUAGAAUUAGCCGAGUGCUAAAAAGUGUUCCGAGAUUUUGUUGCAAACUGUACUUAACAAGCGACGUUUGACAGAUGGAGGUCAUUGGCGUUCCUGUUCUUGAAUCGCAUUAUAUAAAAUAGUACUUAAAUUUGUUAGAGUACAAAGCUCAAUUUUUUUUAUACUUUCUUCGGGAUAACUUCAGAAAUCUCGUCAUCCAUUGCCGGACACUUAUGAUAGUUGCUACCCCCUGUCAGACACCCCUAAAUUUUAAUAAAUUAUGAUUAUACAUUCGUUAUAGUAUAAUAGCUAAAUUUUAUAUAUGUUACUUGGGGACCUAUAAAAACAUGUUACCUCAAAAGACGGUCAGUUUUCAUGGUUUUUACAUCUUGCCAGACACGUUGACAGCCUGCUGUAUUGACGAGCGCGAAUGCUUAGUCGAUUAGAUUUUUUCAAGAUAUCUAAUAAAAAUAAUUAUUACGUUCAUAGCCACGUUGUAAAAAGUAAAGAAUGUUAUUUUAAUAUCAUAAAAUUAUAAAAAAAAGUAAGAUUACAGGUAAUAAUAAAUUUUAUUAAUGGGGACCUAUAAAAAGAUAAUCCUCAAUAGACGGACAGUUUUCAUGGUUUUUACAUCUUGCCAGACACAUUGACAGCCUGCUGAAUACAGCAGGCUGUUCUAUCAAUAGAUAGAAAAUAGAUAUCUAACAAAAAUAAUUAUUACGUUCAUAGCCAUAUUGUAUAAAGUAAAGAAUGUUAUGUGUAACAGCAGCGCCAUAACGGACGUAACGAGAACUAAAAAUCAGUACACAUUUGACGGAUUAAAAAGAUCGCAUUCAACUAUUCGAAUUCGAUAUUGGUUCGUGCUAUGGGUACUGGUUCUCGGUAACGAAUCUGUACCUACUGAUUCGGUACAGAUACAAAAUAAUCCGAUGAGGAAGGCGCCUAACACAAACAAUGGGUUGCGGAUUUAAUCAUAUGCUUAUAGCUGAGCUGACUUAUCAAUCUAACACAGUAAAAAAGUGCACAAAUAUAUUGUGUGCUAUUAUUGUCCACACUCCCUAUUACGUGUGUGCACUUAUAGUAAGUACUACAACACGAACAGGUAUUAAUAAAUAUUUCUGAAAAUUCCUUUAUUUUAAUUAAUGUCUUCCCAAAUAUAAGGAUGCUGUAACAUGUUUUUUAUAUUUGAAAAAGUUAAUACUAACCCUAGACUAGCAAAAUUCAGAUAUAAAUUCAGAAUAGUAAAAUUCAGAUAUAGAUCAGAAAAAAUACUAAUUUAAUUGAUUUAUGAUUUUAUUAUAGAUACUUAUUAAUUUAAUUGAUUUAUGAUUAUGAAAAAAUGUAGCGCAUUUGGCAAAUUCGCAGCCUGUGUUCGCACACUUGUAAGUAACUACUUAUAAGAAUACUAUGUAUGCUUUUCAAGAUUUCAGUACUGUUCACUGAUUUAAUCUUGGUGAAAAACUAAGUAUUUAAUGAAACGGCUGUAAGUAACUAGUCAAAAUGCUAGUGCCAAAUAUUGAAUCAGUAUUAUAAAUGAUACAUUAUAGGUUAGAUGUUAAUAUUCUUUAUUAAGACUUUAAAAAGUACGGCCUAACAGUAUUUUUUGGCAAAGGCCAAUAGGCCAUAAUGAUCGACCCAUGCUUAUGACACCAGUUUACGUCAUAUAAAAAAUUCGUUAUAUAUGAUAGAAAAUUUGCACUGAAUCACCGUAGGUGAGAAUUAAACUCAUCCCUUAAAUAUUUACUACUCAUCUGUUUGAAAAUCAAAGCAAUAAUUCAGACGCUAAAUAAUUACAAAAAUUCUAAAAAAUAGAUGGAAAGAGGAUUAGCUGCCGCUAUAUAAAUGCGUGGGCUACUUCGAUUUUCGAUACAUAAAUAGGUUACCCGAUAAUUAUGAUUUUAUGACAAUUAAUAUUAAUUUCAAUAUUAUACUGAUAAAUACGAGACCGCUUUCAGCUUAGUAUGCGAUUGUUAAAUUUAGAGUGUAGUUGUUAAACACAUGGCUUAUAAUUGUGUUUUCAUAAUUGCUAGUUGUAAAUUGGAUAAUUAGUAUGUAACGAGGUGUCAGUACGAAAUAAAUAAGUAAAAACAAAACAAAAUAGCAAAACUGGAAGACCAAAUGGGAGACCAAAAUUGAAACUCGUUUAAUUGACAAAAAUAUGCGUUAUUUUUGAGAAAUACGCUGCAUGAACUUGCCUGCGUUUUACCAAAGAAUAAAUGUUAAUACAGGUAAUUUUUCUAAUGAAAAUAAGUACUGUAGGUAGUUGGUUAUCCAUUCUCAAGAGCAAAAUGGCUAGGAUACGCUAUCGAUGUUUCCUAAAGAUUAUGUGGGUAUGUAAAAUUGUAUGUAACUUUGGCUACUGGGCCGGCUUGUAAAUACUUUUUAAUAUAAUACUCAUGUAUUUUUUUUAUCAUACGAGUUUUUCCCCCAGAUAACACUUAAUAAAUUUACCUAUUGAGCUGCCGUAGAUGUUUAGGUACAUGAUCGCAAGAUAGCAGAGCCCCAUCGUUAUGAAUUUGGUGGAUCCUUUUCAACUACUGAAUAAAGGGUAAAGUUUCAUAAGUUAAUGUAUUGUGACCAAAAAAUUAUGUGCAAAGGCACAUAAUACAGAAAGGGGGACCACUUUCUCUGUUCUGUGGUUAAAGAUCUACGAAUGAAUAUUUUUGUGACCUAUAAUUGUACCCCAAGCACGAACUUUGACAGAUCCGAUGCCCACGCAAGAGCUUUGACAGAUCAGUAAUCGAAGCGUCAUCGUCAAAUUUUGUAUGAAAGGAGCCAGUUUGUCCUUACGUCCAGUAGGGGCGCUGCUUAAUUUUCAUUGAAAAUUUGACAAUACGAUACGAUUACGGAGCUGUCAAAGAACCUGCUUAUGUCAUUCGUAUUGCCAACGUCACUUUCUAUCAAGUCCAAACAGCGCCCCUUCCGAACGUAAGAACAAACUAGAUUUUUUUGAGACAAACUAGACAUAGAAACUUUGUCUUUGUAAAUUAAACGUUGUGUUCACCAUAGAAAAUUAUUACACUUUGUUCAUACAUCGUUAUUUUUAAGUUAAAUUAUUAUUAACAAACAAUUCUGAACCAGAAUAAAGUUAAUGUUAUUAUAAUAGUUAGUGUUGGUGAGACCUCUUAGUUUAUGUGUCUUAAAUAUGGCAAUCUAAUCAAGUGUGGAUCAAGUCUGCUGACUUGAUACCAGUGAAUAGGUUAUCAACCUAAAACGAGAUUUCUGGGUCCUCCAAAAUCCCGCAACUAAAUUAGGUUCUUAGUUUGUAAGCGGCACGAAGAAAAUGUUUAUGAAAUAAACAGCCGUGGUUAUUUAUUAAACUUUAUUUAUGACUAUAUCAUGGACGAAUGGGUCCAUAGCUAUAGCUGUUACCUUCUUACAUUUAUUAAAGAAAUUAUACUUUAAACACUCUAAGAGUUGUAGGCAUGCUUGUAAUUAUUACCUACCUACUCAUAUAAAUUACUUAUAAUAAUGAAUUCAAAACAUGUUAGUUGGGUUUUCGUCUUAACCACAAGACAGAAAACUGUUAUGUGGUCCCAACUGUACCUUAUACAUUUGAUUUGUUUCACAAAAAUGGAGAACGAAAAACCUAUUCAAUGUAAUAUUUACCUAAUUAUACAGUUUAAAAAUGUAAGUAUUAGGUAUUUUAUAAUUUUGUGUAAAUAGGUAGAUCGUAACAGUAACUGUUUCUUUAUAUUUGCCACAUGUUUUUCACGUGUUAUCUAGAGGCACUGGAUUAUAUUCAAUAAAUACGCGAAGUUGAUUUUAUUUCAGUUCUGUGAUUGGAAAUGCUUUAAUUUUCUUCUCGCUGUCAAUAGUUGAUGUUUAUUUUAAAAAGGAUUUUCCAAUAAAAACAAUUUUUAAAGGAAAAAUAUAUGAUUCGUUCUUAGGUCUUUCGUUGUUGUAGCAGGGGUGCUCAAAUUUGAACUGCUGGCGAUCUACCUCAAAUUUUUAGACUACUUACGAUCGACUCUGAGAGGCUGCGAGUAUGUGUGAUGCAGGGUUGUCGUACAUACAAGAUACACCCCACCUACCUACCUAGGUAGGGUGUACCAUAGCAUAUAUUAUGGUUAAACGGAUAAUUAAACGAUCGACCGUUUGAGCACCCCUGUGUAGGUAUUGACUACCUUACAUACACUAGACAGCAAAUAAAUCGGGUCAUUUGCUAUCUCGGAACUCUUAUUUGCUUUUCUCAGAAAGUAUAAAACUUACUACUACAAUACCAUAUCUACAGAAAGUGCAUUUCAUGGUGAUUAAAAUGAACAGAAAUUUAUUGGUAUUAAUCGACUUUUAAAGUUUAUAUUAUUAGUUUUCGAAAAAAGAGUACCUUUCCAAUUGUCUCCAUCGGUCGGUCGGUGUAUGCAAGGGCGGAUCCAGAGGGGGGGUCAUGGGGGUCUGUAUCUGUACUUCACAAUCUGUACCCACAGUGACUUGACCACGACUGUAUGACCUCACCCUGGCGCCAAAGCUGGAUCCGCCCUUGGGUGUAUGUCCAAGUAAAAAACGCAGCAAGAAAUCACACGUCUGGGAAAACUAUGGACAAAAACUAAAGAAAUGAUAAGAAGUAUCACUUUUUUUUUAUAGAUAGGUCCGACAAAUGACUCCACCCCACCUGAUGUUGAGCGAAGGUGAAGUCCAGACGCGAAGAUAGCUGAUACAGUAGUUCUACCUGCCAUUCUAGCCAUCCUCACCCUGCCGGCCUACAUGUUGCUUCUUCACGCCUCUUUUAAAGGAUCCCAGGUUGUAAGAGGGAACACGUCAGCGGGCAGAGCAUUCCAUUUACGGAUAGUGCGUCAAAGAAAUGAGUCACUAAAUUUCUUUGUACGCGUUGGAAUUGUGGCCACGGUCAGACGGUGACAACGUAGGCCAACGCGCGUAGUCCUCUGGAAAGGGGAAGGUGGAAUAUGAGAGAAUAACUCCUCAGAACACUCGCUUUGGUACAGACGAUAGAACGCGCUUAAUGACGCCACGUCACGGCGUAAUUGAAGAGGCUCGAGGUGUUUAGUCACCUCCUCAUCGCUUAUGAUGCGGAUCGCGCGCCGCUGUAACCUAUCCAAAGCAUCGAUCAAGUACUUGGCGGAGCCAUCCCAAAGGUGCAGGCAAUAUUCCACGCAGGACCGCACUUGCGUUUUGUACAACAAGCACAGCUGAUCGGGCGUGAAAAAACGCCGCACCUUGCUCAGGACUCCGAGUUUGCGUGAAGCUGUAUUGAUCACGGUUUCGAUGUAGUCCUUUGGAUUCAGGUCUGAGCGAACUUCUAUACCGAGUAUGGAUAUAGCAUAUUUCAUUUUAUAAAAUAGAACGUUAAAAGCAACUUUAUACAAAAAUAAGCAAAUCGUUAGCAUUGUUUUUCUUGCUUGAUUAUACAAUAGGUUAAUAAUAUUUUAGAAUAAAAAUUUACACAUUUUAAUCAUCAUGAAACGCAUUUCUGAAGGUAUAACUGUAGUAGUCGUAAGUUUUAUACUUUUGAGAAAAUCGAAUCAGAGUUCCAACCUUUUUCUUUAUGGUUGAGUGUAUUAGGAAAUUACAAAGUUAAAAUUACGAGUGUAAUUGAGUUGCAUCCCGCAAAUAGUAUUCUUUUCCCCACGACAACGGCUUACUAGAGCCGAGGUCCGAGUCUCAGAGACGCCCUCUAGUUGAGCCGACCCCCUCAGGUUCGAGUGGUCUGGAGGCUCGCCACCGCCUGGAAUACCUCCAGAGGCACUCGCCAAUUCUCGGCUUGAGGUCUUAGAUUAAAACAAAAAGGGUAGAUACGGUACGCUCAUACUUGCAUCAAACAAAAACUGAUCCCACUUUACUACAUAUGCAACACUCACACAUCCACCUGUUUGUAAAGAUACAAUCGAACGAACGAAACAGCAAUUUAAGUUUCAACGGCAGCGCGAACGGGACGGCGAGAUCCGCGUCACUGCAUUACCGACGCGAACGAAACAGCACGUUCAGUUUCAACGGCAGCGCGAACGAGACGGCGAGAUCCGCGUCACUGCACUACCGACCAAUCACGCGACCAGUACUCGACGUCACUACUGAAUAAGAUUCAAAACAAACAGCAAUUUUAAUGAAAAAAUAUAUUUUAU